UAUCCGAAUUAGUUUGUUUGUUUGUGAAGGUACCUAAAAUUUCUGCACUGAAAAAUUAUAAAGAAAUUAAUUUGAAAGUAAAAAUAGUUUUAUCACCCUAAAACAAAAUAAGGUAUUUAUUUUUAUAUCGGCAUCCCUGUGAUAACCUAUCACACAAAUGAAAAGAAAAUAAUCGAAAACCGGUAUCUUUAUUUUGUGUUGUAUUAAUAAAAAAUUUUGUGUAAAUUGCUAAAUAAUAUUCAUUUCAUCCUCAUAAUAUCAUUAUAUACAAAAAAAUCGCUAUUGUACGAAUGCAACUGAAGAUAUUAUACAGAUAAUAAACUAUAAAAGAGAAAAUAAUAAGUUCGCAAAAAUAUCGAAUUAACAAAAAUGGCAAUCACUGACACUUUGCAUUACAUUACCAUUGGUAAUCCCGUGAGCAAGGCUGUGAUUUCCAGCACCACAUCAUUAUUUUCCCGCGGAACGACUUCAAGCACUAGUGCGCCUUCCGUGAAAGCUUCAACUGAAGUAGUCACCGCUAAAGUUAUGGGGAGCGUAAUUCCUCCACUAUGGAAAUUGGCAGGACGCAACCACCUUUUCGUGCGUUUAGCAGGCUUAAGCGGGGCUUCAGCCGUAAUUCUCGGUGCAGUUGGAAGUCACAAAUUGCACCCGACACACGAGAAGGAUGAGAUGAAAACAAUCUUUGAUACAGCCAACCGUUUCCAUUUCUUCCACUCAUUGGCUCUCCUUAGCGUACCGUUGGCUAAAUAUCCAGCUGUGACUGGUGGUCUAUUUUUGGUCGGAACUAUAUUAUUUAGCGGUACUCUUUAUUAUCGUGCAUUUACUGGUGAUAAACAGUAUGCCCGUUUUGCGCCAUAUGGCGGAUUUUGCUUAAUUGUCGGCUGGCUGACGUUAUUGCUUUAAAUAUUGGAAAACUUAAUGGCAGAAGGAUGAAAACAACAAAUAAGAACGAUUUUGUGUUACAUAAGCAAAUAUGAACUGCAAUUCAACUAAUGUACACAUAUCCAUGUAUACUUAUACUUAAUUUAAUAAUCACAGAAUUAAAUGGUCUUUGUUAUUAAUGAA